UCCAUAAAGGAAAAGAAAAAGAAAAUGAGCAGUUCAUCAUCAGAGGAGUGUGAGAGGAAGUACAAGGGCGUGCGGCGGCGCAAGUGGGGGAAAUGGGUGUCGGAGAUAAGGGUCCCCGGCACCCAAGAGCGACUGUGGCUGGGCUCCUAUGCCACCGCGGAGGCGGCCGCGGUGGCACACGACGUGGCAUUCUACUGCCUGCGAGGGAACUCGUCGCUGCAGAAUCUCAAUUUCCAGACGCUGCAGUUGCCCCCAGGUGUCGGUAUCGGGUUGUCGCCCCGCUCCGUGCAGAGAGCGGCCUCGGACGCUGGAUUAGCCACCGACGCCCGCUUGGUCUUACACAGGAGUUCAUGCUCAUGAAUCAUCGGAGACAUAUAUUUCAAUAUUUCUGUUGAAGAUUAUCUCUAGUUAUAUGGUGGAUUCUGCUUAAUUAAGAAUUUUGUUUUAAUGAAACCAGAAAUUCAUACUCCACAUAACUUGAAAUUCAAACUUUCAUAGUAUAUUUCUUUUCUUUUGGUCUCAGCUAA